GCAGGUCCCGGGUAACAGAGCCACCUUCUGCGUCCUGCUGAGCUCUGUUCUUUCCAGCACCUCUCAAUCGCCUUGCUCCACUAGGAACAAGCCAUCAUGUCUCGCCAGUCGAGUGUGUCCUUCCGGAGUGGGGGCAGCCGUAGCUUCAGCGCUGCCUCUGCCAUCACCCCAUCUGUCUCUCGCACCAGUUUCACCUCUGUGUCCCGAGCUGGGGGUGGUGGUGGUGGCGGCUUUGGCAGGAUCAGCCUUGGGGGUGCUGGUGGAGGAGGUGGCUAUGGCAGCCGGAGCCUCUACAACCUGGGGGGCUCCAAGAGGAUCUCCAUCAGCACUGGCGGUGGCAGCUAUAGAAACAGAUUUGGUGCUGGUGCUGGAGGUGGCUAUGGCUUUGGAGCUGGGAGUGGAUUUGGCUUAGGCAGUGGAGCUGGUGGUGGCUUUGGGCUUGGUGGAGGUGGUGGUGGCUUUGGGCUUGGUGGAGGUGCUGGCUUUGGGCUUGGUAGUGGAGGUGGUGGCUUUGGAGGUGGCUUUGGGGGCCCUGGCUUCCCCGUCUGUCCUCCUGGAGGCAUCCAAGAAGUCACUGUCAACCAGAGUCUCCUGACUCCCCUCAACCUGCAAAUCGACCCCGCCAUCCAGCGAGUACGAACUGAGGAGCGGGAGCAGAUCAAGACCCUCAACAACAAGUUUGCCUCCUUCAUCGACAAGGUGCGCUUCCUGGAACAGCAGAACAAGGUCCUGGACACCAAGUGGACCUUGCUCCAGGAGCAGGGUACCAAGACCGUCAGGCAGAACCUGGAGCCUCUCUUCGAGCAGUACAUCAACAACCUCAGGAGACAGCUGGACAGUGUCCUGGGGGAGAGAGGCCGCUUGGACUCGGAGCUGAGGAACAUGCAGGACCUGGUGGAGGACUUCAAGAACAAGUACGAAGAUGAAAUCAAUAAGCGUACCACCGCUGAGAAUGAGUUUGUGAUGCUGAAAAAGGAUGUGGACGCCGCCUACAUGAGCAAAGUGGAGUUGGAGGCCAAGGUCGAUGCACUGAUGGAUGAGAUCAAUUUCUUGAAGAUGUUCUUUGAGGCGGAGCUGUCCCAGAUGCACACGCACAUCUCGGAUACCUCUGUGGUCCUCUCCAUGGACAACAACCGCAGCCUGGACCUGGACAGCAUCAUCGCCGAGGUCAAGGCCCAAUAUGAGGACAUUGCCAACCGCAGCCGGACAGAAGCCGAGUCCUGGUACCAGACCAAGUAUGAGGAGCUGCAGCAGACAGCUGGCCGGCACGGUGAUGAUCUUCGCAACACCAAGCAUGAGAUCUCUGAGAUGAACCGGAUGAUCCAGAGGCUGAGAGCGGAGAUCGACAAUGUGAAGAAGCAGUGUGCCAACCUGCAGAACGCCAUUGCUGAUGCUGAGCAGCGUGGGGAGCUGGCCCUUAAGGAUGCCAGGAACAAGCUGGCUGAGCUGGAGGAUGCCCUGCAGAAGGCCAAGCAGGACAUGGCCCGGCUGCUGCGCGAGUACCAGGAGCUGAUGAACACCAAGCUGGCCCUGGACGUGGAGAUCGCCACCUACAGGAAGCUGCUGGAGGGCGAGGAGUGCAGACUGAGUGGAGAAGGAGUUGGACCAGUCAACAUCUCUGUUGUCACGAGCAGCGUCUCCUCUGGCUACGGAAGUGGAGGCGGUGGCGGCUACGGUGGCGGUCUCGGCGGUGGUCUCGGUGGCGGCUACGGCGGCGGUCUGGGCGGCGGCCUCGGUGGCGGCCUCGGAGGUGGUCUUGGCGGAGGUGGCGGCUACUACUCCAGCAGCAGUGGGGGCGGCGGCACAGGCAGUUUGCUCAGUGCAGGGGGUUCUGGCUUCAGUUCAAGCAGUGGCCGAGGCGUGGGGGGUAGCUUUGGCAGCGGAGGUGGGGGCAGCAGCUCCAGCGUCAAAUUUGUCUCCACCACCUCCUCCUCGCGGAAGAGCUACAAGAGUUAAGAGCCUGUGCAAGUCCGCCUCCCAAGGGCAGCGACUGGCCUCUGGUGACUGCCUCUUUUAGGUGGUGGCCAAGCCAAGUUUUCUCUUUUACUGGAGUGUAGUGUAGACCACGCCAACUGCAGAACCACAGUCUUCAGUUCCGGAAAAGGCCCGAUAUCUAGUCUCCUGUGCAGUGAUCCUACGUUCUGCUUCAGAUCAGCCUUUAAGUCUCUACAGCAUGAUCCUUGAUGAGAGGAAAAUACAAAGUUUUCCAGUACCCAAACCAUGAAAACGGUUCCCACCCCAACACCCAAUUUUGUUCUGGUUCUGACUACCUCCAGAGUGUGUUCAAUAAAAUGCUUUUCUAAUAUAA